AUGGGGAUUAGCAAAGCCGCCUUUCUCUUUCUUUUCCUGCUCAGCUCAGUGAAAGGAGAUAUACUGGAUGACUAUUUAAGAACAGAUGGUGUUUGGAUACUUACUCGAAAUAAACAGUUUUACAAGACAAAUAAUGAAAAAGAAUGUGCAGAGAAAUGUGAAGCAGAAAGAAAUCUUAAUUGCAGGGCCUUCCUAUUCACCAGGAAAAAGCUACAGUGUUUAACACUGGCUGAAAAUGCCAAAAUGACAGUGACAUUCAACAGCACGGAUGCAGUUCUUUACGAGAAGAAAAUUUACCUUCUACAAUGUAAAAAAGGGAUUGGGAAGGACUACAGAGGAAUGGAAGCCAGAACUCAGAGGGGUAUUCCAUGCCAGAAAUGGACAGAAAAGACACCUCACAACCCAAAAUAUACACCUGAAAAACACCCCAAUGCAGGGUUGGAUGAAAACUACUGCAGAAAUCCUGAUGGGGAUGAAAAUGGACCCUGGUGUUACACAACAGAUCCUGCUACCAGAUUUGAUUACUGUAACAUCCCAGAGUGUGAGGUGGAGUGCAUGCAGUGUAAUGGUGAAGACUACCAUGGAGAAGUUUCCAGAACAGAGUCUGGGCUUGAGUGCCAGCGCUGGGAUGCCCAAGAGCCUCACAUGCAUGGAUUUACCCUGAAACACUUUCCAGAGAAGGAUCUGAAGAUGAAUUAUUGCCGUAAUCCUGAUGGCGAACUUCGGCCCUGGUGUUUCACUACCAGCCCUACUAAACGCUGGGAAUAUUGCAACAUUCCUCGUUGCACUACACACCCACCACUCUCUGGCCUGGGCUCCCAGUGCCUUUCAGGGAAAGGAGAAGACUAUCGAGGCAGGAUAGCCAUCACCAAAUCGGGAAAUGCCUGCCAACACUGGAACACACAGUUUCCUCACAGACAUGGCUGGAUUCCUGACAGAUAUCCCUGCAAGGGCUUAGAGGAAAACUACUGUAGAAACCCCGAUGGAGAGAAGAGGCCUUGGUGCUACACCAUCAACACCAGUGUUCGGUGGGAAUAUUGUGCAAUUCCCAACUGUGAUGGGACAGAACAAGGGAUUGCUGAUGGGCCUGCGCAGGUUCCCCUGUCAGAGGACUGCUACCGAGGCAAAGGCCAGAGUUAUCGUGGCACAACUUCCAUCACUGCAUCAGGGAAGAAAUGCCAGGCCUGGAACUCCAUGUUCCCACAUAGACAUGAAAAAACCCCAGACAGAUUCCCAAAUGCGGAUUUGAGGGACAACUAUUGUAGAAACCCAGAUGGUGAUAACAGCCCAUGGUGUUUCACCACUGACCCCAGCGUGAUAUGGGAGUACUGCAAUCUCAAGAAGUGUGAUGAUCACACACAAGAGCCUGCACCAAAUGACCCCCCUGCAACGACAGCACAAAAUGUUGACUGCAUUAAUGGUAAUGGUAAAGACUAUCGUGGCACAGUAGCAAAAACUGGAAGGGGCAGGACUUGUCAAGAAUGGAGUUCUCAGAAACCUCAUAGCCACAAAUAUUUCACUCCUGUGACUCAUCCAAGAGCAGGCCUGGAUAAAAAUUAUUGCAGGAAUCCUGAUGGAGAUGUAAAUGGUGUUUGGUGCUUCACAACAGACCCAGAAAAAAAAUGGGAGUACUGUGAAAUCCCACGCUGCUCUUCUUCUGAGCAUGACUGUGGAAAAGUUCCAACGAGGAGUGAGCGAGCCUGUGAGCUAUAUAGCAUGUGUGAUGCAUCUCCAGGAUCUUGGCCUUGGCACAUCAGUCUCAGGAUGAGUACCAAUGUGCACCAUUGUGCUGGCACUCUGAUACAUCCACAGUGGGUCCUUACUGCAGCUCAGUGCUUGCAAGAGUCAACAGAGCCUUCUUCCUACAGCGUAUUUCUUGGGAUACAGAAUCUCAAGGCAGCAGAGCUGUCCCUGCAAAUCCAAAGUGUUCAGAAAGUAUUAAAGGAACCAAGUGGAGCAGACAUUGCUUUGCUGAAGUUGAACAGUCCUGUAACAAUUACUGACCGUGUAAAACCAGUUUGUUUGCCUGAAACCAGUCUGAUGGUAGAAAGAAACACAGCAUGUUUUCUAACUGCCUGGGGAAAAACAAGAGGUAUGAAUACAGACAACAGAUUAAAAGAUGUUGAAUUCCCCGUGCUUGAAAACAGAAUAUGUAAUCGCCCUGAAUUUCUGAAUGGAAGUGUCAAAAAUCAUGAAUUUUGUGGUGGAUUUACUUUUGGAAGCAUAGGUAACUGUGAGGCUGAAGUCGGAGGACCUCUGGUCUGCGAAGUUAAGGACAGAUUUGUCCAAUAUGGAGUCACCUCUUGGGGACUGGACUGUACCCAGCCAUCAAAGCCUGUUUUUGUCCGAAUUCCUAGUUUUGUUUCUUGGAUCAAGAAUCCGCAGCAGCUCCUGCAGCUAGAAGCCAUCCACAUUAUCCCUCUGGGGUCGCUGCCCAAAGUGCCUUCUGGCUCUGUGAAUCAGGGCUAUGAGAUUUUUCUGAGCUUACAAAGACUGAACUGCAUGAACCAGCAGCACCCAUUCAAGCCUGUUUUUCUCAUCCAGUAUUCAGCCCCCUCCUGCCUCUGCUGGGCCAAAAUGGGGAUUAGCAAAGCCGCCUUUCUCUUUCUUUUCCUGCUCAGCUCAGUGCAAGGAAACAUACUAGACAGCUAUGUGAGAACAGAGGGAGCUUGGCUGCUCAACCCAAAGAAGCAAAUUUAUAGGACAAAUAGUAAAGAAGAAUGUGCGGAGCAAUGUGAAACUGAAAAUAAAUUUACUUGCAGGGCCUUCUUAUUCACCAGUAAAGACCAACAGUGUUUAACAUUGGCUGAGAACACCAAAACAGCAGUGAUAUUCAGAAGAACAAAUGCAGUUCUUUAUGAAAAAAGAAUUUAUCUUCUAGAAUGCAAGAAGGGAAAAGGGGUGGAUUACAGAGGAACAGAAGCCAAAACUCAGAAAGGUGUGCCAUGCCAGAAGUGGGUUGAUAAUGCCCCCCAUAAACCAAAUUACACACCUGAAAAAUAUCCCAAUGCUGGACUGGAGGAAAACUACUGCAGAAAUCCCGAUAACGAUGGAAAGGGACCCUGGUGUUACACGACAGAUCCUGCUACCAGAUUUGAUUACUGUAACAUCCCAGAGUGUGAAGUGGAGUGCAUGCACUGCAGUGGAGAAAACUACCACGGAGUAAUUGCGACAACGGUGUCUGGGCUUGAGUGCCAGCGCUGGGACUCCCAGCAACCUCACUCUCAUGGAUACCUCCCAGAAAAUUUUCCAGAGAAGGAUCUGAAGAUGAAUUAUUGCCGUAAUCCCGAUGGUGAACCUCGGCCUUGGUGUUUCACUACCAGCCCAACUAAACGCUGGGAAUAUUGUGACAUUCCUCGUUGCACAACACCCCCACCAGUUCCUGCACCAGGGCGUCAGUGUCUAUCAGGAAGAGGAGAAGACUAUCGAGGCACGAUAUCGGUUACUGAAUCGGGAAAUACCUGUCAGCGCUGGAGUUCUCAAUCUCCUCACAGACACGCUCGCACUCCUGAAAACUAUCCCUGCAAGAGCUUAGAGGAAAACUACUGUAGAAAUCCCGAUGGUGAGAAGAUGCCAUGGUGUUAUACCACCAACAGUACCGCCCGGUGGGAAUAUUGCACCAUCCCCUCCUGUGAUGGGACAGAGCCAGAGGCCCCUGCUGUUGAUGUGCCUGAGCAGGCUCAAAUUGCUGAGGAGUGCUAUCAAGGCAAUGGUGUGAGUUACCGUGGCACAGCUUCUUUCACUCUCACGGGAAAGAAAUGUCAAGCCUGGAGCUCAAUGUCACCUCACCGACACAAUAAAACAGCAGACCAGUUCCCAAAUGCGGACCUGAAGCAGAAUUAUUGCAGAAACCCAGAUGCUGAUAGCCGCCCAUGGUGCUACACCACUGACCCCAGUGUGAGAUGGGAGUAUUGUGACCUGAAGAGGUGUCAUGACCAAGUACCAGUGACUUUACCAAAACCUCCUCAGACAACACUGGAAGCAAAUCCUGAUUGCAUUAAUGGUAAUGGUAAAGAUUAUCGUGGCACAGUAGCAAAAACUGGAAGGGGCAGGACUUGCCAAGAGUGGAGUUCUCAGAGACCUCAUAGCCACGACUAUUUCACUCCCAUCACUCAUCCAGAAGCAGGGCUGGAUAAAAAUUAUUGCAGGAAUCCCGAUGGAGAUGUGAAUGGACCUUGGUGCUACACAACAGACCCAAGAAAAGCCUGGGAGUACUGUGACAUUCCCAAGUGCCCUCCUGCUCAGUAUGAGUGCGGAAAAUCCAAGUUCAGACCAAAGCUGUGUGCUCAAAGGAUUGUUGCUGGGUGUAUUUCGCAUCCACAUUCCUGGCCCUGGCAAAUCAGUCUUCGGACAAGUUUUGGCCUGCAUUUCUGUGGGGGAACUCUGAUAGACCCUCAGUGGGUUCUUACUGCCGCUCACUGCUUAGAAAAGUCAUCACGGCCAUCUGCAUAUAAAGUAUACCUUGGAUUACACAGAGAAAGAGCAUCAGAGGCAUCAGUGCAAAAAAGAGAUGUUGAGAAAUUGUUCAAGGAGCCACACAGGGUGGACAUUGCUCUGCUAAAACUGAGCAGCCCAGCAAUCAUCAAUAAUCAUGUAAUCCCAGUUUGUUUGCCAAAAGAAAAUGCCGUGUUAGGAGGAAGAGAGGAGUGCUAUGUGACGGGCUGGGGGGAUACAAAAGGAACUGGUGGUGAUGGCUACUUAAAGGAAACUGGUUUCCCUGUAAUUGAGAAUAAAAUAUGCAACCGCCCUGAAUUUUUGAAUGGCAGAGUCAAAAAACACGAGCUCUGUGCUGGGAAUAUUCAUGGUGGCACAGAUAGCUGCCAGGGGGACAGUGGAGGACCUCUAGUCUGUCUGGACCAAGAUAAAUUUGUCCAACAUGGAGUCACCUCCUGGGGUCUUGGCUGUGCCCAACCCAUGAAACCUGGUGUUUACGUGCGAGUUUCUAAUUAUAUUCCUUGGAUUAAGAGUACAAUGGAAAACAACUGAUCCUGGGUAUGGACUGCCCUCUUCUGGAAUGCAGUAUGCACAUUGGAAAUACAAGAUUCCAAGUGCAAUAUUAAAGCUACAAUCAUUUAUAAGAAAGUAAAAUAAAUAUGAUCAUCCAU